AGGCCGGAGCUGGUGCAGGAGAUCCCCAGCGAGCUCACGCUAGAUGCCCUGCUGGACAUGAACGAGGCCAAGGUAAAGGAGACACUGCGGCGCUGUGGGGCCAGCACGGAGGAAUGCGGCCGCCUGCAGUACGCCCUCACCUGCCUUCGGAAGGUGACAGGCCUGGGAGGGGAACACAGAGAAGAAUCAGGCUGGAGUCCAAUGGAUGCCCGGCGGGAGAGUGGCUCGGGCCCUUCCACAGACACACUCUCACCAGCCAACCUGCCUUGGGCUCUACCCCAGCUGGGCAGAGUGGGCAGCAGUGCCCAGGGCCCACGCUCCAUCUCUGUGUCAGCUCUGCCCACCACGGACUCCCCAGCCCCUGGCUCCAGCGAAGGUCUCCUGGACACCUUCAUCCCUCUGCACGCCAGUGGCCGGCUGACACCCCGCACCCUACAUAGCUUCAUCACGCCCCCGACCACGCCACAGCUGCGCCGGCACACCAAGCUGAAACCACCACGGACACCCCCUCCACCCAGCCGCAAGGUCUUCCAGCUGCUGCCCAGCUUCCCUACGCUCACCCGGAGCAAGUCCCAUGAGUCCCAGCUGGGGAACCGCAUUGAUGAGGUUUCCCCAAUGAGGUUUGAUCUCCCACAUGGGUCCCCACAGAUGGUACGAAGGGACAUCGGGCUCUCAGUGACACACAGGUUCUCCACCAAGUCCUGGCUGUCCCAGGUCUGCCACGUCUGCCAGAAGAGCAUGAUGUUUGGAGUGAAGUGCAAGCACUGCAGGUUGAAGUGUCACAACAAAUGUACAAAAGAAGCCCAAGCCUGCCGAAUAUCCUUCCUACCGUUACCUAGACUCCGGAGGACAGAAUCUGUUCCUUCAGACAUCAACAACCCAGGGGACAGAGCAGCUGAGCCUCAUUUUGGAACCCUCCCCAAAGCACUAACGAAGAAGGAGCACCCUGCAGCCAUGAAUCACCUGGAUUCCAGCAGCAACCCAUCCUCCACCACGUCCUCCACGCCCUCCUCGCCGGCGCUCUUCCCAACGUCCUCCAACCCAUCCAGUGCCACCACACCCCCCAACCCCUCACCUGGCCAGCGGGACAGCAGGUUCAACUUCCCAGCUGGCUACUUCAUCCAUCAUAGACAGCAGUUUAUCUUCCCAGUGCCAUCUGCUGGCCAUCUUUGGGAAUGCCUCCUUAUUGCUGAAAGUUUCAAGGAAAAUCCUGCAGACAUUUCUGCCUUCCCGCCAGCAGCCCCGCCUCCUGAAGCAGCAGACAGUGGCCGGUUCAACGACCCACCCAAAGCCGACGUGUUGGAGGAUCACGAAGCGGAGGCCGAGGAGCCAGAGGCUGGCAAGUCUGAGGCGGAAGACGAUGAGGACGAGGUCAACGAACUACCAAGUUCCCGCCGGACCUGGCGAGGCCCCAUCUCACGCAAGGCCAGCCAGAGCAGCGUGUAUUUACAGGAGUGGGACAUUCCAUUUGAGCAGGUGGAACUGGGUGAACCCAUUGGACAGGGCCGCUGGGGUCGGGUGCAUCGGGGCCGCUGGCAUGGCGAGGUGGCCAUCCGCCUGCUGGAAAUGGAUGGCCACAACCAGGACCACCUGAAGUUGUUCAAGAAGGAAGUGAUGAACUACCGACAGACACGGCAUGAGAACGUGGUGCUCUUUAUGGGGGCCUGCAUGAACCCACCCCACCUGGCCAUCAUCACUAGUUUCUGUAAGGGGCGGACAUUGCAUUCAUUUGUGCGAGACCCCAAGACGUCCUUGGACAUCAACAAGACGAGGCAGAUUGCACAGGAGAUCAUAAAGGGUAUGGGAUAUCUCCAUGCCAAGGGCAUCGUACACAAAGAUCUCAAAUCCAAGAACGUCUUCUAUGACAAUGGCAAAGUGGUCAUUACAGACUUUGGACUUUUUGGGAUCUCAGGCGUGGUCCGAGAGGAACGGCGUGAGAACCAGCUGAAACUGUCACAUGACUGGCUGUGCUACCUGGCCCCUGAGAUUGUGCGUGAGAUGACCCCUGGAAAGGAUGAGGACAAACUGCCGUUCUCCAAAGCUGCUGACGUCUAUGCAUUUGGGACUGUUUGGUAUGAGCUGCAAGCAAGAGACUGGCCCUUUAAGAACCAAGCAGCUGAGGCCUUGAUCUGGCAGAUUGGAAGUGGGGAAGGAAUGAAGCGUGUCCUGGCCUCUGUCAGCCUAGGGAAGGAAGUCAACGAGAUCCUGUCUGCCUGCUGGGCAUUUGACCUGCAGGAGAGGCCUAGCUUCCCCCUGCUGAUGGACAUGCUGGAGAAACUGCCCAAGCUGAACCGGCGUCUCUCCCACCCUGGGCACUUCUGGAAGUCAGCUGAGUAA